AUGGCUUUCAUUUGUUUGGAUCUUAGAUGCCUAUUUAUCUUUCUAAUUUGCACAGAAUUUAGCUCUACUUUCUCUUCAAGCACAGAAAUAAAAGUUAAUCCUCCUCAGGAUUUUGUGAUAGUGGAUCCUGGAUAUUUAGGUUAUCUUUAUUUACAAUGGCAACCUCCACUGGCUCUGGAAAAUUUUAAGGAAUGCACAAUAGAAUACGAAUUACAGUACAGAAACAUCAAUAGCAAAAGAUGGAAAACCAUCAUUACUAAGAACCUGUAUUAUAAAGAUGGGUUUGAUCUUAACCAAGGGAUUGAAGCAAAGAUACACACACUUUUGUCAAGGCAAUGCACAAAUGGAUCAGAAGUGCAAAGUUCAUGGUCAGAAGCUACUUAUUGGACAUCAGAACAAGGAAGUCUGGAAACUAAAAUUCAGGACAUGGUUUGUGUAUAUUACAACUGGCAAUAUUUAAUCUGUUCUUGGAAACCUGGCAUAGGUGCACAUUUGGAUACCAAUUACACCUUGUUUUAUUGGUAUGAGGGCUUGGAACAUACAUCACAGUGUGUCGAUUAUAUCAAGUCUAAUGGAGUAAAUGUUGGAUGCACUUUUCCCUCUUUGGAGUCAUCAGACUAUAAAGAUUUCUUUGUCUGUGUUAAUGGAUCAUCAGAAUCCAAGCCUAUCAGAUCCAGCUAUUUCAUUUUCCAACUUCAAAAUAUAGUUAAACCUUUGCCACCAGACUAUCUUAAUCUUACUGUGAAGAAUAUAUUUGAAAUUAACCUGAAAUGGAGCAUACCUAAAGGACCCAUUCCAGCUAAGUGUUUCAUUUAUGAAGUUGUGCUCACAGGAGAUGAAACUUCCUGGAUGACCACCACAAUUGAAAAUGAAAUCCACAUCCCGAGAACAUCAAAUGAAAGCCAACAACUCUGCUUUUUAAUAAGAAGCAAAGUGAAUAUUUAUUGCUCAGAAGAUGGACUUUGGAGUGAGUGGAGUGACGAAGAAUGCUGGAUAGUAGAUGGCGUACGGAUGAAAACUAUGGUAUUUUUUGUGAUACCAUUUAUUUUUGUUUCAUUUUUUAUUUUAUUAAUAACUUGUCUGCUUUUGUAUAAACAGAAAGCUGUACUGAAAAAGAUUUUUCUCACAAAAAAAGAAGCUUUUUCUCAUCAAGAGACACUAUGCUGA